AUGCCCAAGCAAUGGUCGAGGGUCACGUUCCCCGUUUUGCAUGUCCCUCCGGAUCUUGGGGUGCUUGGGACAUAUCUCCUGGUGUCGCCCUGA